AUGGCCAUCUGUAGAGAGCCUCUCGAAUGUCCCGGUUGUAGGGAUACACAAGACGACUUCGAAAUAACGAUUACUGGUCUUACCUUCUCGACCCUUCGUUACCGCUCUCAUUCCACCACUCGUGUCGGCAAUAGCAUUCUUGUGUACGUCCCUGCAUCCAUGCCAAAGGAGAUGCAUGUUGGGCUGCAUGUUGCCAAUUUCGAGGCGCAUGCACUGUGGGUUAUCUCGACGUAUACCGACGAUAGACAGAACGGAGCCUCACUACCAUCUUACCGAUCUGGCCCCAUGAGAUCGCUAACAAGAGGGCGAAAGGCUGAGAAAUGUCUUUUCUGGGUCAUACAGAUUCUUUGGCUGGUCCAACCCCUGCAAGAAAUCUCUGAUGUACUUGUAACAUUGCCGGACAUCCUACCUGUAGCAUGA